AUCCCCUAAUGUUGUAAGAUAAAACAAACAGACAAGGAUGGAUUCAGACACCGGUCGCAGUGAGCGCUCAGAAACAAGCCGUCAUCGCAGCCGGGGUCGUAAUCGACGGUCGCGUGGAGUUGAAAGUGAUCGAGAUGACCGAUCAACGAGACAGAUCCCUGAGGAUGGUACAGGGGAGGAAAGGAUUGAAGUACAGAUCCUCCCACAGGAUGAUAACUGGGGGGACAAUACAACCGCUAUAACAGGAAACACCAGUGAAACUGGAAUUUCAAUGGAGAACAUGUCUGAACGCUUUGGAAAAGAUCUAGAUGAUCACAUAGGAUUUGAUUGUGCUAAAUAUGUAGGAACUAUGUUUGCAGCUGUAUUAGCAUUGUUUGCCUUCCUUUCUCCUGUUGCCAUGGUAGUGCUACCCAAAAUUGGCAUAAAUGGCUGGAAAGCUGAAAAUUGUACAUGUAAACUUGAGGCAGGGACUGAUAAAUGCAAACCAAUCGGGACAGAGGUCCAAUGUGAAGGUCUGCUCAUAAGCCUGGCCUUUAAGUUAGUGAUCUUAGUCAUUGGAGCUUGGGCUUUAUUUGUUCGCAAGCCCAGAGCCACCAUGCCAAGGAUUUUUAUAUAUCGUGUAGUGAUUUUGUUUCUUGUAUUCGUACUGACAUUCGCCUUCUGGUUGUUCUAUGGGUUUCGCAUAUUUCAAACACAGGAGAAGGAUUAUCACAGUAUCAUUUUGUUCUCAGUGUCGUUAGUCGACGCUCUUUUAUUCAUUCAUUACCUGACAGUGAUACUCUUGGAGAUCCGGCACUUGCAGACCCAGUACAUCAUGAAGAUUGUUCGUUCACCAGAUGGUGCUUCAAUGUCAUACACAGUCGGUCAGUUAAGCAUACAACGCUUAGCCGUAUGGGCCUUGGAGCAAUAUUAUAAAGAUUUUGAGGUUUAUAACCACUACCUUGAAAACAUCUCUAAAAAGAGCCAGAAAAUGCCCCAGUUCAAAUUCUAUGAUGUUGAUGGGAUGCCUUCACAGACGCCCCAUUCUAAAUCACGGGCGAUCUUUGCGGCUGCUGCCCGACGUAGGGAUUCUAGCCAUAAUGAUAGAUUCUAUGAGGAGGAGGAAUAUAAACGACGUGUCCAGAAACGAAGGGCACGUCUCCUCACUGCAGCGGAGGAAGCAUUCACACAUAUCAAGCGCAUGCAGGGUGAAGCAGGCCCCGCUAUUCCGAUGGACCCACAGGAAGCAGCCCAGGCAGUCUUCCCGUCAAUGGCAAGAGCACUCCAGAAAUUCCUCCGCAUCACACGACAGCAACCCCGCUACACAUUGGAGGGUGUUCUAGAGCAUCUAGCUAACUGCAUAUCUAAUGAUAUGAGCCCAAAAGCUUUCUUGGAAAGAUAUCUUACCCAGGGUGCAGUUAUAUAUAACGAUCGUGAAUACAAAUCAUCACACAACUGGGUAUUAAUAUCAGAUUCGCUGUUGAGUAGUGCUGUAGAGCAUGGAACUAUUUUCAAUCUUCGUCAGGGUGAAGUUGGGUUAAUGGUAUCAAUAAGAAAAUUGCCGCAUUUUAACCUCACGGAGGAAGUCCUGGAUCCCAAAAUGAACAAGUUUGUGUUACGAUUAAAUUCAGAAACCUCAGUGUAGUAAGCGCAUAUAUUUGACAAAUACAUCUUGGUGAUAUCAACCUGAUAGAUGCUAUAAAUGCUCAUUUUAAGCUCCCAGGCAUUCUAAUGUAUUUGGGAUUUUAGAGUUAAAAUCUGUUUUGGGAAACUGGAUGGAAUCACCCAUGAUAUAAAAUACCUAGCAAGAAAAUGGAGGGUGCAAAUUGUACAUAUACUGUUUCACCAUCUAUAUUAUACUCACAUUCACUGGUAGAUUGAAAUAGAAGUAACCAAUAUGUGGUGACAUAACAAUCUGAUCUGUCAAUCUCUUUCUUGGAGAAAGCAAUUUGCUUGAAUGAUAUAGGUAAUGCUCAUGUUAGAUUCCUAACUUAAAAUAUUCCAUAGGUUAGUUUUGAGCAAUUUAAAAGUCUACCAUUUAUGAAAGGUUCUUCAAGAUUUUAUUAUUUUCAGAUUCUAAUAUGAGCAUGAGCAUGACCUGUACAGCAAUCCAAGACAAGAAAACCUGAAAUGUAGAUAUGAAAGGAAUGACUGAUAGUAUUAAUAUAAUCUGAAGUUGUUUCUGGUAUAAAACAAGUGCUAGCAAACAUGUGAAGAUGUAGAAUAUAACCAAUAUUAGUCCUAGAAUAGCAUAAGAGAUCUUUUCCUGUUACAUAUUUACUGAAGUACUCUACAAGUUUUGGUCCACUUCCUUUAAAAUUGAGGAACAUUUAUUCAAAUAUGUACUAGUAUUCAGAAUGUAAUAGAAUACGUGACAAUCUAAGAUCAGAUGUAUCUUCAUUUUGAGCAGAGGAGGGGACUGAAAAUAAAAUGUAAAGUAUAUAAAUGGAUCUUAACAUCUAGUAGGUCUCAAUUUAGAUAGUUACCCAGAAAAGUAGGGAUGAACUGGUCAGUCUAAUGCCCAUUUUCAUGAAAUGGUUCAGUUAGUAGAUCUUCCAUUUAUUUACCAUAGACACUUCUCAUAGGAGAGUUGGAGGAGAGUCGCGUCACAUAUCAAAUCAAAAAUGAAUCAAGUUUUACAUUAUAGAUGAGAUUGCUCUUGUAUUAAGUUUGAUUAAAGGAUACAAGCUGAAAAUGAAACAAGAGAGGCAAAACGAAAAUGUCAGUGUCAUUAUUAUACCAAGGAGGAUUGGCCCCAAGGAUACCUUGCCGAUCUUCUAGCAAGUUAGUGGUAGGUUCUGACACACCCCUGCCCUCAACAUGAUCGGCCAAUCAAAACGAUAAGAUUUGUCUUGUGACUUUCACAUUAUAACAAGCAUGUGGAACAGUAUCUUGAUUACAAAGUUCAAAUAUAAACUGAGAUCCAAUCAUUAACAUGUUAUCAUAUGUGGCUUCUGGUUGGCAAAUUUGGUAGAGGGGUGAAGUUUUACAUAGAGAGAAAGUGGCACUCCUCACCACCAGGACGGGGAGGGUGUGGUCAUAUAUCAUAAGCUAUGUCAACCUACAUUGUAUAAGGCUGUGUUUGUUAUUGUCAUAUUUUGUAUGUCUGAAUUCGUAUGAGCCGUUGAGUGGUUUAAAGCCCGAGUAACUUGAUGAAUUUAUGCAAUAGCAUUUUUUAUAUAUUACCAAUUUGAUUGAGACAAAAAAGACCAAAAUUACAAUUCUUCAAAAAAAUAUUUUGUAAAUGACUUAAUUUUCUUAUGUAAUUAUUAUGUUUUUGAACACUCACUUUCCGUGGAUUAAACAAUUUGAACAAUAAUUCGAUAUAGUUUAGUUGUUUAAAGAACAAAAAACAAAAUAUGGCCUGGCCUUAUUUACCUUUUAGAUAAAAAUUGUUUUUAGUUUUCACCCACCAGGAAAAAGUGAUAUUAAAAGAAUUUUGAACUGUAGCAAUGACUAAACAUUGUAGUUUUACACCAAAUGACCUUGACAUAUUUAUAACCUUACUUAUUUUUUUUUAAUUAAUAAUCAACACAAAUAUACAUACCAUAUAUCAGCAGAUAUUGGGCAAAUAAAUAACAUUUUCUGAUUUAAACUAAAAAUAAAGUUAAUUAUUUAAUCGGAUAAUUACAUUUGGCAACCUUUAUUUUUCUGACAUUGUAAGGUUCUUAAUUAAUAU